AUGGGCUUACCUGAAGUUGAUUUCCUUCUAAAAAAUUGCAUACUUGUGGAGCUCAAGUUAUUCUACCAGACCGUGUUUCCUGUAAAGGAAUUGUAUUGGAACCAUCGAAUAACCACAGAAUUAAGCAGAUUCUCCGAUAUCAAGUAUGCAAGGUCAACUUUCGCGCUCAGUAAUGGCACAUUCCAGAAAACAAGACCGAAGCUAGACCUGAUACUGGCUUCACAUGACAUUCACAAGUUAGCUACAAUUUUAUUCAAUUUAAAAGCAUUUAUAAUGAACGGAAAAGAUGAAAAGUCAACGGACAGUAAUGCGCCAGCUAACAGGGGAGAGGAGCAUAUCUUGGAACAGAAAUACUCACGUCUGUUGAAUAUAUGGGAAAGGGACAUCGGAGAGCAGGGCUCCCCUUUCCUUCAGCUUCAACCGGAUAGCAACUUAUUAUUUGCCAAGAGACCUGUAAAAUAUGCGACUACAACAGAAAAUGAGGAUAUAGACAUAUCCAGUAAAGAGUUCUUCAAAUUACAGGAAAAACAGCACCGGACUGAUGAGGUUUACAACAAUGAAUAUAUUCAGCCGCCAAGUAAGAUAAGAGACGGGGAACACGGGUCAAAUUUUAUUCAUUUCAAGCCUUCAUUGUACUACAGUUAUUCUUCGUUACCAGCUAACAUGAAGCUUUGGCUAGAUGGCCUAGAAGAUGACAAAAUGUCGUUAAUGGGAACUAAUGAGAAGUCAACCGAGAAUUUAGAUAUUUUGUUACACGGUUUCAGAGGAUUUCCAAAAAAAUAUGAUAAAACAGGUAACUAA